AUGGAUAUUACCGUUGUCCUUUUUUGGAUCCUGGCCGUGGUGGGGUUGGUGGCAUAUUUGGUGCACAAGUGGCGCUACAGGAAUCUCCGGGCGAUUCCGGGAAUCGAGCCGUGCUAUCCGUUGCUGGGAAAUGCGCUGAUUUUCGCCAAGGCUUCGGGCUAUUGGAAGAGCUUUAGGAAUGAUAAUCGAAUGACCAAAAUAUGGUUCGGACCGGUUCCGGUCAUCAAUGUGCAACAUCCGGACCUGGUUCAGAAGGUGCUCUCGGAGUGUUUGGACAAACCGUUCGCGUACGAUUACAUGGAGUUGGGGCGGGGGUUAAUUUCUGAACGAUAUGGAAACGUGUGGCGCGAGCAUCGGAAAACGUUGAGUCCCCUGUUCAACACCAGGAUUCUGUACAGUUUUAUGCCGAUUUUUGAGCGCGCCACUGGCAGUAUUGUGGGCAGGUUGGCCGAGGUGGCGGAUGGGCGGGACGUGGACCUGCUGGAGUACACGCGGGUUUGCAGUGCCGAGGUGGUGCACGGGACGAUGGUCACCAUUGAGCGCCUGCCCGAGGAGCUGGUACGGAAGCUGAUCGAGAGCCUGGAUGUCAUCCUCGAGGCGCUCGGCACACGCAUCCGGACCGCGCUGUACGCACUGAAAACGUUCUACAAAAUGAGCGCCAUGUACCGGGAAGAGUGGCGCUCCCGGAAGCUGUGCUACGCAACGGUGAAUGACGGAAUCCAGAAAAUGCGCACAAACAUCAUUAACGAGCGGAACGAGCUGCUGGUGCCGGAAAGAAGCAACGACUAUGAUGACGAUGACGAGGAUGGUGGUGCCAAUGCCCAGAAACCGGCCCAAUCAAUUGCAUUCGUGGAACGGUUGCUGACCAUCCAGCACAAGGGGCGGCCCUUCACGGACGAGGAAAUUGCGAACCAUGCCUACACGAUGCUGGUUGCCGGUUACGAAACGUCCGCGCUGCAGCUGUCCACCACCUGUCUGAUGCUGGCGAUGCAUCCGGACGUGCAGGAACGGGUCGUCAGCGAGAUACAAGCGGUGCUUCCCACGGCGGACAGCCCCAUUACGCCGGAAACGCUCCGCGAGCUGAUCUAUCUGGACCAGACGCUGAACGAGGUGCUGCGACUGUACCCGGUGGCACCGCUAAUUGCCCGCCAAUCGACGGCCCCGCUCGAGCUGGACGGGGUGCUCGUCCCGGCCGGGAUGGUCUUCACCGUGAACAUUGCGUGCGUGCACCGUCGGACCGACGUUUGGGGCGCCAACGCGGUGGACUUUGAUCCGGAUAACUUUUCCCCGGAACGGGCCGCCGGCCGCCACCCGUACGCGUACAUUCCGUUCAGCGGUGGGCCGCGGGUUUGCAUCGGCAAUCGGUACUCGAUGAUUUCGAUGAAGGUGUUCCUGAUCCGCUUUCUGCAGCAGUUCCGGCUUAACACACGGCUCGUCCGGAAGGAGCUCAAGUUUAAGUUCCAGGUCACCCAGAAACUGAUCACGCCGUACACGGUGCAGCUGGAGAAGCGAAAUUUGUACGGUUCAACGGAGUGAUUCCAU